AUGUCACAACAACAGCAACAUAUAGUGGGGAUACAUUAUACUGUAGGUCCUAAGAUAGGUGAAGGUUCAUUCGGUGUCAUUUUUGAAGGUGAAAAUAUACUCAAUAAUAAAUUCAAACAAAAAAAUGAUAAUAAUGACGCUACUACUACCGGCAGUAAUAGUAACAGUGACCCAGUGGCCAUCAAAUUUGAACCAAGACAUUCUGAUGCUCCUCAAUUAAGAGAUGAAUUUAGAAGUUAUAAAAUAUUAAAUAAAGUGAAAGGAAUACCUCAUGUUUAUUAUUUCGGUCAAGAAGGUAUGCAUAAUAUAUUAAUCAUUGAUUUGUUAGGCCCUUCAUUAGAAGACCUUUUCGAAUGGUGUAAUAGGAAAUUUUCAAUAAAGACUACUUGUAUGUUAGCUAAACAAAUGAUACAAAGAAUUAAAGAUAUUCAUAAUCAUGAUUUGAUUUAUAGAGAUAUUAAACCUGAUAAUUUUUUAAUUUCACAAUAUCAAAAGAAAAAUAGCUCACAGAAAGGUAUCACGAGGAGUGCGAAUGGUGAUCCAAAUUUGAUUUAUUUAGUAGAUUUUGGAAUGGCUAAACAAUAUAGAGAUCCAAAGACAAAACAACAUAUACCAUAUAGAGAAAGAAAAUCAUUAUCUGGGACCGCACGUUAUAUGUCAAUUAAUACUCAUUUUGGUAAAGAACAAUCAAGAAGAGAUGAUUUGGAAUCAUUGGGUCAUGUGUUUUUUUAUUUCUUAAGAAGUUCUUUACCAUGGCAAGGUUUAAAAGCUCCAAAUAAUAAAUUAAAAUAUGAAAAAAUUGGAUUAACAAAGCAAAAAUUGAAUCCAAAUGAUUUAUUAGUUAAUUAUAAUAAUAUACCAAGACAAUUUGCCACUUUUUUAAAAUAUGCAAGAUCUUUGAAAUUUGAACAAGAUCCUGAUUAUGAUUAUUUAAUUUCAUUAAUGGAUGAUGCAUUAUUGGAAAAUGGUUUGAAAGAUGAUGGUCAUUAUGAUUGGAUGGAUUUAAAUAAUGGUCAUGGUUGGGACAUCAAUAUAAAUAAAAGAAUUAACCUUCAUGGAUAUGGUAAUCCAAAUCCAAAUGCAAAUGCAAAUACCACAGGAACGCCGAAUCAAAAUUUAAACUUGAAAAAUACUCACAAGAACAACAAUAAUAUUAAUAAUAAAGCACAAGCAAAUUUGGAUCAAAGUAAUAUCAAUAUGAAAAUGUCAAGGAUUAUUCAUUCAACAAAUAGUUUCAUGUAUAGUAACGAUGAUCAACAACAAACAACAACUAAUAACAAUAGGUCUGCAUUAUUAAGAAGUAAAGAUUAUAGUAACUCAAAAGAUAAUCUCCUGAAAAGUAGUAACCAAAUGGAAAAAAAUAAAUAUCAAUCAUUAAAACAACCAAUCUUACAAUCAAGAAAUAACAACAAUAACAAUUCCUAUGAUUCAAUGAGUACACGAAUAAAAAAUAACAACAAUUAUUAUAACGAUACUAGACGACAACAGCAACAACAACAACAAGCACAACAAAAUUUAUUCGAUAAUACAUCUGCAUCUCUACAAAAUAAUACUUGUAAUAACAAUGAGAAUAACAGAAGUACUAUUUCACGUAUAUUUUCAUAUAUAUGUUGCGGUUAUUGUUGUCUGUCUGAUUCUUCUCCCUCAUCAUCAUCUUCAUAUUAA